GGGGUGUAUAUAUAGAAAUGAAAAGUAGGUGAUGUAGUAAAAAAUGGAGAGACAUAUAGUGAGAAAAUGAGGUGAAAGUGGGAUGAAAUAUUUAAAUUUUGUAUGUUGCUGACGUUUUGUCCGAUGGCUAGAGGGAGAGAGAGAGAGAGAUGCGUGCAGAAGAGUCUACUGUAGAUAGGACGCUGUUUGGUUGCUGCAUUAAUGAUUAUGAGAGGAAGGCAUUAAUAACGGUGACAGAAGGUGAAUAAACCCUAAUAGUGUACAAGAUGUUUGACAUAAUGGCCAACUAAUACUGGAGUAAUAAGAAAGAAGGAAUCUACGGAAGCAUGCAGACAAUUGUUGAAAAUGGAAUAAAUGAAAAGAAAAAGCAGCACCCAAGUGGUCAAAACCCUGUAAUGGUAUCGUGAAACAGUGACUUCAUUUCAGAGCGCGUUGGAGACGAGGACAGUUGGGCCAUUAAAUCACUCAGGCAUAGGCAGAUGAGCCUCAUUUACUCCUUCGAAAGUGGCAGCUGAGUAAUUUGAGUGAACCUUCUCACACUGUGGUAUCUACUCUUUCAGUGUAUAUAAAGCACUUGUUCAUUGCUCAAAAAACGCACUCAGUUCAGUUACACAUUCCUUUUCUUCUUCCUCACAAUGAAAGUAGUUUGGAAUGGCGUUGUGGUUGUGUUUGGCUUGUGCAUUGUACUUGGCACUGUAGUGGGGGAGGUUGAAAAGGUUGAGGAUGAGAAGCAUUUGAUUCAUCCACCACAUUUGUUGGGGCCAGGGAUUAAGCAUGGUGGGCUUGGCUUCGGUGGUGGUGGAGGUUUAGGAGGAGGAGGAGGCCUAGGUGGUGGCUUUGGUGGAGGUGCAGGUGGAGGUGCAGGUUUAGGAGGUGGAGGUGGACUAGGUGGUGGUGGAGGUCUAGGAGGCGGUGGUGGAUUUGGUGGAGGAACUGGUGGUGGCAUUGGAGGUGGUGUGGGUGGAGGCAUUGGUCAUGGAGGAGGUUUGGGUCAUGGAAUAGGUGGUGGCAUUGGUGGUGGAGCCGGUGGUGGUCUAGGAGGUGGAGGUGGACUUGGUGGUGGUGCCGGUGGUGGUCUAGGAGGUGGAGGUGGACUUGGUGGUGGUGCCGGUGGUGGGCUUGGUCAUGGUGUUGGGGGUGGUCUAGGGGGUGGAGGUGGACUAGGUCAUGGUGUUGGUGGUGGCAUUGGCGGUGGAGCUGGCGGCGGUGGUGGUGUUGGAGGUGGAGGUGGGUUAGGUCAUGGUGUUGGUGGUGGUGUUGGAGGUGGAGGUGGGCUAGGUCAUGGUGUUGGUGGCGGCAUUGGCGGUGGAGCUGGUGGUGGUGUUGGAGGUGGAGGUGGACUAGGUCAUGGAAUUGGCGGUGGCAUUGGUGGGGGUGCAGGUGGUGGUGGUGGGCUUGGCCAUGGUGUUGGUGGCGGCAUUGGUGGGGGAGCGGGUGGUGGUGGUGGACUUGGCCAUGGUGUUGGUGGUGGUGCAGGAGGAGGAGGUGGAUUUGGCGGCGGUGGUGGUGUAGGUGGUGGUGGAGGGUUUGGAGCUGGCGGUGGAGUAGGAGGAGGAGGAGGAGUUGGCGGAGGUGGAGGUGGUGGUGGUGGAUUUGGUGGUGGUGGUGGUUUUGGAGCUAGUGGUGGAUUUGGCGUUGGGGGUGGUGCCGGGUUUGGUGGUGGAGUUGGUGGUGGCAACUAA